GAGACUGUGUGACCUCUGAAGGAACCAGCGAUUAUUACUUUCCCUCUUUAUCCCUCAAACCUCCACCCCCUUCCGGGCUCCGCAGCAGUGAGCGCAGCCCGGGCAGCGCGCAGUGGAGGGAGGACGCACGGGCGGAGGUUCAUCCAACAAUGGAAGAAACUUUUCCAAACUGAUCCCAGCUACUGUGGAGGUUUCACUUCGCUCCGUCGUUAACUUCUGCCUCGCUUUGGACUAAGUGAGAUACAUCAUGGCGCAGGUUUCCAGUGAGCGCCUGUCCGUGGAGCGCAGGAUACGCGCGACGCUGUUGGCACUGCUGCUGUGCGCGCAGGCCGGGUUUGGGUUCUCCGUCGCCGGGCAGCAGGACAGCACCUGCGAGGCCAACGGCAGCAUCUACUACGUCGGGGAGUGGUACUUUCUGGACUCGGACCACUGCACCCAGUGUGAGUGCACCGCCGAGGGGUCAGCAUGUGCCCGCACCGAGUGCACCUCUCUGCCGGCUGCGUGCAUCCAUGUCAGCCACUACCCCACCGACUGCUGCCCCAGGUGCGAGAAGAUCGGCUGCGAGUACCGCGGAGUGGUGUACGAGCUGGGACAAAACUUCCAGCCGUCAGAAUGUGAGCAGUGCACCUGUGACAGUGAUGGCAUCGCCCGCUGUCUUGUUGCAGACUGUGCCCCUCCACCGUGCGUCAACCCCGUCUACGAGCCUGGAAAAUGCUGCCCUGAAUGCAAGGAGGGUCCUAACUGCUACACUGACGCCUCCCGCAGUCAGGUGAUUCCUGCAGGAGAGCCAGUCUGGGUCGACUCCUGCACCAAGUGUCGCUGUCAUGACGGCCAGGACGCCGGCUACUGGGAAGGAAACCGUCUUGCUACCUGUUCCCGCCUCAAAAACUGCACACCUGAACAACCGUCCACCCAGCACAACUGAUCCGGGCCUGUCAGCAGAGAGUCAGCUGUCUUCUUAAAAUACAAUUUCCUGGAGCGCAGAUCAGCUGCACACCUGCCACGUCUAAGACGAUGCUGAACCCUUCUCUGCAGCUAAAACAAAAUGUCAUCUUAAAUGUCAGACUUAACGGAUCAUCUGCAACCACAGAAAUCUUUGGAAACAGCAACCAAAGACUUUAAGCUCAGCGGUCGUGUCAAGGAUAAUCCAUCCAAUAUUUUUAUAUCACUGACGAGGCCACAUGAAUUUGUCCCUUUUGUGGACAAGCAUGGAUCAUCAAUGUUUCCUCAGGCUGGAGGUCCAGAAUUAUCAUCUGAAGUUGUGACCCUGUUGUGUUGCUGUCAUUCUACAUGCUUUUGUGAGUUUUAAUUAGUUACAAAAACUAAUUGACCCAAAGAAACCUCAGGGCAACCGCAGGAGUACUAGUUCUAUCAAUAGGGACCAACAGCAAAUUGUUCACCCUCUUGGCCUCUGACAGCUUCAUGCUGCCACGGCACAGUUAUGUAAACGAACAGAUUCAAUUUCAUAUUGCUAAACUAGAAGAUGAAAUGUAUCUCUUGAAAAACCAAAACGGUGACACCAGACGCAGGAAAACAGGGAUGAAUGUCUUCAUUCAAAUACUAGAAAACCUUCAACAAGGCCCAACAACACUCCCUAAAUUGCCCUUUUUUUAAUCAAGAUCCUUGAAUUAUUCUCUAGGAAAUCAGUGAAAAAAAGCCAAAUCUCACAAUUUUAGAUAAAAUAAAAUUUUACGGGUACUUCCCUGAUUUAUACAACAUACUCCCUCCAAGUUUUGUGUUAAUCUGUCUCAUAACAAUAAUGGGACAGUGUUGUAAGAAUAAUAGAUCUCAAACACCAGCAACCAUUGUUCUUAACAUCUGUGCUUCUAAAGAAAAAUCCAGAAUUAAAGACAUCUGAUAGGAACUAGAAAUAAACCUGACUCCAGAUCUCUGCUCUUUGACAUUUCAUCUGCCUAUAGACUCCAACAAUAUGUUUUUAUAAUCUUUAAGGUAGUGGGCGUUUACAAACUUUAAAGACCCAGAUGAUGUUCAUUUUGUAAAUUUCCAGACUUACUGUGUUAAACUACAGCCGAAGCACAAAUGCAAUGAGAUUACUGGAUGAUAAGGAUUUGUAAUUGACCUGUCACGACUUGAAGCUGCACCAAAAAUAUAUGCAGAGCUGUGAUGCAAUUUAGACGAGUGAAUGGCUCAGUGAGGCACUAAACAAUUUGAAACUGUUCUAUACAUUUUAAAAUGUUAUUUCCAUUCUAACUGAAACACAAUGGAUGAGACUUUGUCCUGAGACAUUGUAAGAGACGUAUAAGAGACUUUGCUAUAGCCUAACAUAACUGUACAGUAGUAGACAUUUGUAAACAGUUUCAUUCAAUGGACUUGUAUUUGUGCAUGUAAACUGUAGAGGAGGAAAAGAAAACAUAAUUUAGUGCUUUAGUCCUUGCUGUUUCCAUUGUCAGGUUAAAACGAUCAUUUACUGUAUUCAGAAUCAGUGUAUGAUGAAAUGUAGCAUUAGGUGAAUCGUCAUUUUAUAGUUUUGUAUGCAGCCACUCAUUGAUGAUGAUUUUUCUAUUAUUUUAAUCAAGAGGGACAUUUAAAUGAAAACCCAAAAUAAUCUCAUGUGUCUAUUUGCAGAGUUGGAGGCUGUUAUUUAUAUCUAAGACACCAAAAGAGCUUCUCUAUGAAGUGUAAUGUUACAACCGAUGAGUUCCUCAGCCUUAAAUCUUCAUUAUUUUAAAGCAAGGUUUGAAAUGAAGUGCAUACAAGUAAAUUAUAUUUUGUCAGAAUGUGUUAGAAUGAGAAAUAGGAGCGGUUCUACUAUAGCAAUCAUGCUCAUCUAGAGACAGGAGUAGUUGGACAUUCUGGAAAAUAUGCAAAAUCUGCUUUCUUGCUUACAUUAGAAGAUCAACACCACUGUACCUUUAUGCUUAACUAAGCUAACAGGCCUAUUGACAUGUUUAUUUUGUAUUUCCCAUUUUGUCAACUCUUUCCUUUACGUGCAGGUUUCAAUCCACUGCCUGAAACCAAAGGGAACUGACCCCCCUCCCCAAACCAUGUAAUGUCUCAUGAUGGUAAUAUACUGACAUCCUGUAAAGUAUUUCAUAUUAAAAAACCUUUUCAUUU